UGUAAGAUCAAGAUCAAGAUCAAUACGUGUGGAAUCACAUGGAGAAGCGGACUGGUGCUAGUGCAGGAAAUUUAUUAAGUUGGUUUCCAAAUCUUUCAGUGGUAGAAUGGAUCAUUGGGAUGAAAGGAAGAUGAAGAUGAAAAGAAUGUUCGACAUGAUGAACACGGAGUUAGAGGAAAGGAAGAAAUUGAAAGCAAUACAUGUCGCUGGCAAGAAAGAAGGCAUUCCAGAAUCAAAUAAGGUUUCUCUGAUCAAUGGAGAGGUCCAUCAGGCUAGGACCUUACAGGGCAAGAGACGGUUGAGUCCAGAAGAAUAUGCAGAAGUUAAGAGAAGGAAAAAAGAAAAUGAUCUCCUAAGAAAAGAAUGGCCAAGGAUUUUUCUCAAUGAGCAAGGGAAGACAAGUAGCUUGAGUCUUGGAAGUGACUGCGUGCCUCUUUUCAUGGGUGAUGUUCAGAGCCUUCUGUUAUUUUCUCUCCUUGGCAAGAAAUCUCCACUCGUGCCCAGGUGGGUAACUUUUAAGAAUGCAACAAAAGUCUCCAAUGUGAUAAUGGUCCACAUUGAAGGAGUGGGAGUGGAUGACAUCAAGCAGAACAUACAUUCACUCUCAGAAGAAAACACAACUGGAAAUGGUGAAAAUGAAGCUAAGGAUUAUCAGGAAGGAAAUUCUGCCAUGUGUGAGAGACCAGAUGUUGCCAAACAGAUGAGAGUGGAUGCAGGAAACACAGACAAGGAUGUUAGCAGUAGUGGUUAUUUGCCUGGUUGGCUCAAGAGCACUCUGCCAAGAAUAAGUCACCACAUGAAUCAUGGUUUAGAAAUUGUAGCACCUUCUAUUCAUGAUAUAUGUCCAUUUGAGGAACUGCUUGAGAUGAAAACUGAGAAACUCACAAAGAAAGUAAUUGAAGAGGAUAUAAAGAACUAUGAUAUAAAUAAACUGAAGAUGAACAAAAUCAAACCUACUGAAUCAUUUUUCAAGUUUCUGUCCAAAAUCUCUCCAAACCCUGGUGAUGAACUUCAUCCUGAUGACAAAUACAGCAGACUUAAUCUCCUGUUGAGGGCUGAAGACUUGGCCAGAAACAAGUACCCACUCCCUCUGCCUGGCUACAGGGGAGGUUCCAACAAAGAUUAUGUCUUCACUUCAGAUAAUUACAAAGAGGUUACAUCUCGUUCUCCAAUGUUUGGCGUGGAUUGUGAGAUGUGUUUCACUUCAAUCCAGAAAUUGGAGCUCACCAGUAUCUCAGUAGUCAAUGAGAAACUGGAGCCAAUCUACCACACUUUGGUGUUGCCUUACAAUCCAGUGGUUAACUACCUGACAAGGUUCUCAGGUAUCACACCAGAUAUGUUGCACAAGGUCACCAAGAGGUUGGAAGAUGUGCAACAGGACAUACGGAAACUGCUGCCUCCUGAUGCUAUCCUAGUGGGCCAUGCUUUGUGUUCAGAUCUCUAUGCCAUGAAGAUGAUGCACCCAUAUGUGAUUGACUCUUCCUUGGCUUACAACUUGACUGGUCUGCGCAGAAAGCAUACCUCCCUCAGGUUACUGAGUAAAAAGUUUUUGGGUAUGGAUAUCCAGACUAGAGGAACAGGAGGGCAUGACCCUACAGAGGAUGCAAUAGCUUCACUCAUGCUCAUCCAGUUGAAGCUGAAGCAAGAUGAAACGUUUGGCAAUUUGCUAAUGGGAUGGGAGCCUCCUAGUGCUUCAUAUUAUGAUUGGAAGAAUUGCCAACCAAACACACAGAGCCACCGGAAGCAGGAACCAGAAAAGGAUUCCAAGCAAGACACAAGGAAGCAGGAGCUUGAGGACAAUAGCAAAAUAUCAACUGAAGAAGCCAUUGGGCCAUUCAAGAGAAGUGACAAGUAUAUAUUCCAGAGAAUGGAGUCUUGCAAUGUUGCCAUCAUCACCACAACUCAGUGCUUCAAAAAUUACCUGGCUGUGUUGGCUUCCCUCAGCAAGAUGCCCACAAUGGAGGUUCUCUCAGGGAACAAGCAGGUUUCUCAGCAAGCAAGAGAUUUUGUGGAAAACUGUAACCUAACUUAUGUUCACUUGGAGAUGGGCAAAAAGCUGAGCCAGUGUCCUAAUGAGGCUACCCGUCGCCGACAGCUUAGCAAGCUAGACAAGAGACUGCGCAGGAUACACCAGGCUGCUAUCCCUAAGUCUGUUCAUAUUUAUGUCUUCAGUGGGUCAUCUCUGACUGUGCCUCUCAGGCAACGUUCCAAUGGUUUUGUUUUAGUUGGGAUCAAGGAUCUGCCCUUCAAGACAUAAUGAUAUCUUACUUUAGUCAUUUAGUCAUGCAUUAAGCUUUGAGACAGAUCAUCAGGCCUUCACAGGAUGAUGGUUCGUGUCUAAUAGAAGAGGACAUAUUUUGCAUAUUAUACAGAUAUUGAUUGCACAGAAGAACAAAUGCAUAGGGAGGUUUUCAAAUGUUUGAAAAGAAGCAAGAUCAUCCAUUGGUCUUGUACUAAUAUGACAGUACAGAAAUGCAUGGAAUUCCUUAAACUCAUCCAAUUUUGAAUUACUGUCAAAAUUUUUGAUGAUUAUAUAAUGGAAAGCAGGAUUUUUCUCUAUUAUACAUUGUUGGACACUUCUUAUAAAUUAUUUUUAUA